AUGGAAUUGAAACAAAUGCCAACAGAAGCAACAACAGAAGCAGCAACAGCAGCAGCAGCAACAGAAGCAGCAACAGAAGCAGCAACAGAAGCAGCAGCAACAACAGAAGCAGCAACAGAAGCAGCAACAGAAGCAGCAACAGCAACAGAAGCAGCAACAGCAGCAGAAGCAGCAGAAGCAGCAACAGAAGCAGCAACAGAAGCAGCAACAGAAGCAGCAACAGAAGCAGCAACAGAAGCAGCAACAGCAGCAACAGAAGCAGCAACAGAAGCAGCAGCAACAACAGCAGCAGAAACAGCAGCAGAAGCAACAGAAGCAGCAACAGAAGCAGCAGCAGCAACAGCAGCAGAAACAGCAGCAGAAGCAACAGAAGCAGCAACAGAAGCAGCAACAGAAGCAGCAACAGAAGCAGCAACAGAAGCAGCAACAGCAGCAACAGCAACAGAAGCAGCAACAGAAGCAGCAACAGCAGCAGAAAAGCAGCAACAGCAGCAGAAGCAGCAGAAGCAGCAACAGAAGCAGCAACAGAAGCAGCAACAGAAGCAGCAACAGAAGCAGCAACAAGCAGCAGAAGCAGCAGCAGAAGCAGCAGCAGAAGCAGCAACAGCAACAGCAACAGAAGCAGCAACAGAAGCAGCAACAGCAACAGAAGCAGCAACAGAAGCAGCAACAGAAGCAGCAACAGCAGCAGCAAAUUCUUCAUCAUUACCAUCAUGCUUGUUACUUCAACAUCAACAUCAUGAUAAUCGACAUUUGCACAAAUUAUUAUAA